UUCCAAUCAUCAGACAUUGCAUACGGGGGAAAAGCCGUACUCCUGUCCUGAGUGCGGGAAAUGUUUUUCACAUAGUUCCGCUCUUUCCAGUCAUCAGACAAUGCACAUGGCGCUGAAGCCGUAUCCCUGUCCUGAAUGCGGAAAAUGUUUUUUAAGAAAGUCCCAACUUACCAAACAUCAGAGAUCUCACACGGGGGAGAAGCCGUAUUGCUGUACUGAGUGCGGGAAUUGUUUUUCAGAGAAGUCCCUUCUUUUGAGACAUCAGAGAUCUCACACGGGAGAAAAGCCAUAUUGCUGUACUGAGUGCGGGAAAUGUUUUUCAGAUAAGACCGAACUUUCCCAUCAUCAGAGAUUUUACACGGGGGAAAAGCUGUAUUCCUGUCCUGAGUGCGGGAAAUGUUUUUCAAAGAAGUAUCGUUUUUCCAGACAUCUGAGAUCUCACACGGGGGAAAAGCCGUAUUGCUGUACUGAGUGCGGGAAACGAUUUUCAGAUAAGGUCGGACUUUCCUAUCAUCAGAGAUUGCACACGGGGGAAAAGCCGUAUCCCUGUCCUGAGUGCGGGAAAUGUUUUUUAAAGAAGUCCACACUUACCACACAUCAGAGAUUACACACAGGUGAAACACAGGUGAAACGAUUUUCCUGUACUGAGUGUGGGAAGUGUUUCUCUGUGAAAUGCCAUCUUAAACUUCAUAUAAUGUCUCACACAGGUGAGAAGCCGUAUUUCUGUCCUGAGUGCGGGAAAAGUUUCCGUAUGAAAACCUCUCUUGAUGGACAUAAAAGAACUCACACAGGUGAGAAGCCAUAUUCCUGUCUUGAGUGCGGGAAACGUUUCCGUAUUAAAACCUCUCUUGAUGGACAUAAAAGAACUCACACAGGUGAAAAGCCUUAUUUUUGUCCUGAGUGCGGGAAACGUUUUUCAAUGAAGUCCUCUCUUUCAACACAUCAGAGAUCUCACACGGGGGAGAAGCCUUUUUCCUGUUCUGAGUGCGGGAAAUGUUUUUCAGAUAAGUCCAGUCUUUCCAAACAUCAGAGAUCUCACACGGGUGAGAAGCCUUUUUCCUGUUCUGAGUGUGGAAAAUGUUUUUCACAGAAGUCCAAUCUUUCCACACAUCAGAGAUUACACACGGGGGAGAAGCCUUUUUCCUGUUCUGAGUGCGGGAAAUGUUUUUCAGAGAAGUCCCAUCUUUCCACACAUCAGAGAUCUCACACGGGGGAGAAGCUGUAUUUCUGUUCUGAGUGCGGGAAAUGUUUUCCAAAUAAGGCAAAUUUUAACACGCAUCAAAGAUCUCACACGGGGGAGAAGCCUUUUUCCUGUUCUGAGUGUGGAAAAUGUUUUUCACAGAAGUCCAAUCUUUCCACACAUCAGAGAUUACACACGGGGGAGAAGUCUUUUUCCUGUUCUGAGUGCGGGAAAUGUUUUUCAGAGAAGUCCCAUCUUUCCACACAUCAGAGAUCUCACACGGGGGAGAAGCUGUAUUUCUGUUCUGAGUGCGGGAAAUGUUUUCUAAAUAAGGCAAAUUUUAACACGCAUCAAAGAUCUCACACGGGGGAGAAGCCUUUUUCCUGUUCUGAGUGUGGGAAAUGUUUUUCAGGGAAGUCCAAUCUUUCCACACAUCGGAGAUUACACACGGGGGAGAAGCCUUUUUCCUGUUCUGAGUGUGGGAAAUGUUUUUCAGAGAAGGCCAAUCUUUCCACACAUCAGAGAUCUCACACGGGGGAGAAGCCUUUUUCCUGUCCUGAGUGUGGGAAAUGUUUUUUAAAUAAGUCCUAUCUUUCCACACAUCAGAGAUCUCACACGGGGGAGAAGCCUUUUUCCUGUUCUGAGUGCGGAAAAUGUUUUUCACAUAAGUCCAAUCUUUCCACACAUCAGAGAUCUCACACGGGGGAGAAGCCUUUUUCCUGUUCUGAGUGCGGAAAAUGCUUUUCAGAUAAAUCCUAUCUUUCCGCACAUCAGAGAUCUCACACAGGGAAGAAGCCUUUUUCCUGUUCUGAGUGCGGGAAAUGUUUUUCACGGAAGUCCCAUCUUUCCACACAUCAGAGAUUACACACGGGGGAGUGGCCCUUUUCCUGUUCUGAGUGCGGAAAAUGUUUUUCAGGUAAAUCCUAUCUUUCCAUACAUCAGAGAUCUCACACGGGGGAGAAGCCUUUUUCCUGUUCUGAGUGCGGGAAAUGUUUUAUACGGAAGUCCCAUCUUUCCACACAUCAGAGAUCUCACACGGGGGAGAAGCCUUUUUCCUGUUCUGAGUGCGGGAAAUGUUUUAUACGGAAGUCCCAUCUUUCCACACAUCAGAGAUCUCACACGGGGGAGAAGCCUUUUUCCUGUCCUGAGUGCGGGAAAUGUUUUGCACAGAAGUCCAGUCUUUCCACACAUCAGAGAUCUCACACGGGGGAGAAGCCUUUUUCCUGUCCUGAGUGCGGAAAAUGUUUUGCACAGAAGUCCAAUCUUUCCGCACAUCAGAGAUCUCACAUGGGGGAGAAGCCGUAUUCCUGUCCUGAGUGCGGGAAAUGUUUUUCAGAGAAGUCCAAUCUUUCCACACAUCAGAGAUCUCACACGAGGGAGAAACCGUAUAUCUAUGUCGGCAGUAUGGAGAAAUAUCAAACUUUAAAUAUAAAUGUUGCCAAAACAGAGAUCCUGAACAUCAAUAUAAACAAGCCAGAGGAGCAAGAUCUUAGAGCAAAGUACCCAUUUUCCUGGUUUCCAUGUCCUGAGUGCGGAAAGUGUUUUUCAAUGAAGUCCAAUCUUUCCACACAUCAGAGAUCACACACGGGGGAGAAGCCUUUUUCCUGUUCUGAGUGCGGGAAAUGUUUUUCAGUAAAGUCCAAUCUUUCCGCACAUCAGAGAUCUCACACGGGGGAGAAGCUGUAUUCCUGUUCUGAGUGCGGGAAAUGUUUUUCAGAGAAGUCCAGUCUUUCCGCACAUCAGAGAUCUCACACGGGGGAGAAGCCUUUUUCCUGUCCUGAGUGUGGGAAAUGUUUUUCAGAGAAGUCCAAUCUUACCACACAUCAGAGAUCUCACACGGGGGACAAGCCUUUUUCCUGUUCUGAGUGUGGGAAAUGUUUUUCAGAGAAGUCCUAUCUUUCCACACAUCAGAGAUCUCACACGGGUGAGAAGCCUUUUUCCUGUUCUGAGUGCGGAAAAUGUUUUUCAGAUAAAUCCUAUCUUUCCGCACAUCAGAGAUCUCACACGGGGGAGAAGCCUUUUUCCUGUUCUGAGUGCGGGAAAUGUUUUUCACAGAAGUCCAGUCUUUCCACACAUCAGAGAUUACACACGGGGGAGAAGCCGUAUUCCUGUCCUGAGUGCGGGAAAUGUUUUUCAUUGAAGGCCAAUCUUUCCGCACAUCAGAGAUCACACACGGGGGAGAAGCCUUUUUCCUGUUCUGAGUGCGGGAAAUGUUUUUCACAGAUGUCCAGUCUUUCCACACAUCAGAGAUUACACACGGGGGAGAAGCCUUUUUCCUGUUCUGAGUGCGGAAAAUGUUUUUCAGAUAAAUCCUAUCUUUCCAUACAUCAGAGAUCACACACGGGGGAGAUGUCUUUUUCCUGUUCUGAGUGCGGGAAAUGUUUUUCACAUAAGUCCCAUCUUUCCAUACAUCAGAGAUCUCACACGGGGGAGAAACCGUAUUCCUGUCCUGAGUGUGGGAAAUGUUUUUCAGUGAAGUCCAAUCUUUCCGCACAUCAGAGAUCUCACACGGGGGAGAAGCCUUUUUCCUGUUCUGAGUGUGGGAAAUGUUUUUCACAGAAGUCCGAUCUUUCCAGACAUCAGAGAUCUCACACGGGGGAGAAGCCUUUUUCCUGUCCUGAGUGUGGGAAAUGUUUUUCACUGAAGUCCAAUCUUUCCGCACAUCAGAAAUCUCACACGGGGGAGAAGCCGUUUCCCUGUACUGAGUGCGGGAAGUGUUUUAUUUAUAAAUACCAUCUUAAUAGGCAUAAAAGAUCUCACACGGGGAAAAAGCCAUAUUCCUGUCCCGAGUGCGGGAAAUGUUUUUCAACGAAGUCCCAUCUUUCUGGACAUCAGAGAUCUCACACGGGGGAGAAGCCGUAUUCUUGUUCUGAGUGCGGGAAAUGUUUUUCAUGGAAGUCCCAUCUUUCCUGUCAUCAGAGAGUGCACACGGGGAAAAAGCCGUAUUUCUGUCCUGAGUGCGGGAAAUGUUUUUCACAGAAGUCCAGUCUUUCUGCACAUCAGAGAUCUCACACAGGAGAUAAGCCGUAUUCCUGUACCGAGUGCGGGAAAUGUUUUUCAAAGAAGUACUAUCUUUCUGCACAUCAGAGAUCUCACACGGGGGAGAAGCCGUAUUCCUGUCCUGAGUGCGGGAAAUGUUUUUCACAGAAGUCCUAUCUUUCUGCACAUCAGAGAUCUCACACGGGGGAAAAGCCGUAUUCCUGUCCUGAGUGCGGGAAAUGUUUUUCACAGAAGUCCUAUCUUUCCACACAUCAGAGAUUGCACACAGGGAAGAAGCCGUAUUCCUGUCCUGAGUGCGGGAAAUGUUUUUUGGACAAGUCUAGUAUUUCCAGACAUCAGAGAUCACACACGGGGGAAUAUCCGUAUUCCUGUCCUGAGUGCGGAAAAUGUUUUUCAGAUAAGUCAAAUUUUUUUAUACAUCAGAGAUCUCACACAGGGGAGAAGCCGUAUCCUUGUCCUGAGUGCGGGAAAUUGUUUCCAAAGAAGUCCAGUCUUACUGUACAUCAGAGACUGCACACGGGGGAAAAGCCGUAUUCCUGUUCUGAGUGCGGGAAAUGUUUUUCAAGUAAGUUCGAUCUUUCUGGACAUCAGAAAUUUCACACGGGGGAAAAGCCAUACUCCUGUCCUGAGUGCGGGAAAUGUUUUUCACAGAAGGCCGAUCUUUCUAAACAUCAGAGAUUGCACAUGAGGAGGGAGAAGCCAUAUUCUUGUUCUGAUUGCGGGAAAUGUUUUUUACAAAAGUCCAGUCUUACCAGACAUGAGAGAUCUCACACAGGGGAGAAGCCGUAUUCCUGUGAUGAGUGCGGGAAAUGUUUUUCACAUAAGUCCAGUCUUUCCACGCAUCAGAGAUCUCACACGGGGGAGAAGCCAUAUUCCUGUACUGAGUGCGGGAAAUGUUUUUCAAUGAAGUCCAGUCUUUCCUAUCAUCAGAGAUUGCACACGGGGGAGAAGCCAUAUUCCUGUACUGAGUGCGGGAAAUGUUUUUCAAUGAAGUCCAGUCUUAUCUAUCAUCAGAGAUUGCACACGGGGGUGAAGCCAUAUUCCUGUACUGAGUGCGGGAAAUGUUUUUCAAUGAAGUCCAGUCUUAUCUCUCAUCAGAGAUUGCACACGGGGGAGAAGCCGUAUGCUUGUACUGAGUGCGGGAAAUGUUUUUCAUUGAAGUCCAGUCUUAUCUCUCAUCUAAGAUUGCACAUGGGGGAGAAGCUGUAUGCUUGUACUGAGUGCGGGAAAUGUUUUUCAAUGAAGUCUAUGCUUUCCAAACAUCAGAAAUUGCACAUGGGGGAGAAGCCGAAUUCCUGUCCUGAGUGUGGGAAAUGUUUUUCACGGAAGUCCAAUCUUUUCCAUCAUCAGAAAUUGCACACGGGGGAGAAGCCAUAUACUUGUCCUGAGUGCGGGAAAUGUUUUCCACGUAAGUCCCGUCUUUCCCAUCAUCAGAAAUUGCACACGGGGGAGAAGCCGUAUUCUUGUCCUGAGUGCGGGAAAUGUUUUUCACAGAAGUCCUAUCUUUCCAUUCAUCAGAAAUUGCACACGGGGGAGAAGACAUAUUCUUGUCCUGAGUGCGGGAAAUGUUUUUCACAGAAGUCCUAUCUUUCCAUUCAUCAGAAAUUGCACACGGGGGAGAAGACAUAUUCUUGUCCUGAGUGCGGGAAAUGUUUUUCACAGAAGUCCCAUCUUUCCCAUCAUCAGAAAUUGCACACGGGUGAGAAGCCACUUUCCUGUUCUGUGUGUGGGAAAUGUUUUUCACAGAAGUCCCAUCUUUACACACAUCAGAGAUCUCACACUGGGGAGAAGCCGUAUUCCUGUUCUGAGUGCGGGAAAUGUUUUUCACAGAGCUCCCAUCUUUCCACACAUCAGAGAUCUCACACGGGGGAGAAGCUGUAUUCAUGUACUGAGUGCGGGAAAUGUUUUACAUUGAAGUCCCAUCUUUCCACACAUCAGAGAUCUCACACGGGGGAGAAGCCGUAUUCCUGUCCCGAGUGCGGGGAUUGUUUUACACUAAAGAGCAAUCUUCAAAGACAUCAGAAAUUGCACAUGGGGGAGAAGCCGUAUUCCUGUCCUGAGUGCGGGAAAUGUUUUUCACAGAAGUCCCAUCUUUCCGGUCAUCAGAAAUUGCAUACGGGGGAAAAGCCAUAUACCUGUCCUGAGUGCGGGAAAUGUUUUUCACAGAAGUCCCAUCUUACCAAUCAUCAGAAAUUGCACACGGGGGAGAAGGCGUAUUCCUGUCCUGAGUGCGGGAAAUGUUUUUCACAGAAGUCCACCCUUUACCAUCAUCAGAAAUUGCACAUGGGGGAAAAGCCGUAUUCCUGUACUGAGUGUGGGAAAUGUUUUACAGUGAAGUCCCGUCUUACUGCACAUCAGAGCUCUCACACGGGGGAGAAGCCGUAUUCCUGUUCUGAGUGCGGGAAAUGUUUUACAGAAAAGUCCAGUCUUUACAAACAUCAGAGAUCUCACACGGGGGAAAAGCCAUAUUCCUGUCCUGAGUGCGGGAAAUGUUUUUCACAGAAGUCCAAUCUUUCCCAUCAUCAGAAAGUGCACACGGGGGAGAAGCCAUAUUCCUGUCCUGAGUGUGGGAAAUGUUUUUCACAGAAGUCCAAUCUUACCCAUCAUCAGAAAUUGCACAUGGAGGAGAAGCCGUAUGCCUGUCCCGAAUGCGGGAAAUGUUUUUCAUUGAAGGCCGAUCUUUCCAAACAUCAGAGAUUGCAUACGGGGGAGAAGCCAUAUUGCUGUUUUAAAUGCGGGAAAUGUUUUUCAGACACGUCCUCUCAUAAAAGACAUCUGAGAUUUCACACGGGAGAGAAGCCGUAUUCUUGUCCUGAGUGCGGGAAAGGUUUUUCACAGAAGUGUCAUCUUUCCAAACAUCAGAGAGUGCACUCGAAAAAGAAGCCGUAUUCCUGUCCUGAUCCUGAUUAG